AUGAGCUUCAACCCCCAGCCCACACCUCGCCGGCCGAGUGCCGCGCCGAGUCAACGCACGCCAGCUUCCAGCAGGUUUCGCUCCUCCCUCGUCCCCAUGCAUCGGCCCAGCCCUUUGCGCAGCUCGCAGUCGGCCAACAGGGUCGCCGCCCCUGCCGCGCCGCCUCCGCGGGACCUGUUCAAGACUGCCACCCCGAAGCCGAGCCGCACUACCCCCUUCGCACCCAACAUUCCGCCCUCGGCCGCAAAGGCGCCCAACUCCAUCCGCAAGUUUGCCCCCAAGGGCACCGGCGCCGGCCUGGCUGGCACCUCGUCGCAGGAGCUGUUCAAGAUGAGGAUACCCUCUCCCGACCCGGACUUGACGGGCGAGGCGCUGGCAAAGGCCAUCCCCGAGACCAUGAGCCGCAAGGGCACCGUCUACGCCGACCAGUAUCUGGCCGACAAGUGCCCCAAGGAGUUCGAUGACGCCCAGAAGCGACAGUUCUUCUGCAUCCUCGACCUGCGCAGGCUCAAGUUCGCCGCCAACGAGAUUUUUGCCAAGAAGGACUGGAAGCUGAACAUCAUGAAUUUUGCCAAGGAAUACGAGAAGAGCCGGAGUCUGAUCAUGUUGCGCUACGGCCUCUACGAGUUCAAGAACGUCAAGCCCUCGGAGGAGGUCAUGAAAAAGUGGAGGAAGGCACACAAUCUGCCUGAGCCGAGUCCCAAGCCUGAGAAGGCUGCUCCUGCUCCCAAAUCAUCGCUCUUCAGCACCGGCACAACGGCGUCGAAGCGCAAGGCCGAGGACGAUCUGCAACCUGCCGACAACACGCUCAAGACCUCGACCGUCAACCAGAACAAGAGACGGAAUUUUGAGCAGGAGCCUGCAGACGAUGUCCAUACGUUUGCUCCAUCCCCCGUCAAGAGCAAGCGCAAGGCAGACGAGGCCGAAGAGACAGAUGAGAAUCAACGUAAUAAAAUGCAGAAGGGCACACCCUCGGCUGCGAGAUCCAGGCUGGAAGGAAUCAUCAACAAUGUUCAAGCAGGCAGCUCUACGCCCUCCGGCUCGCCCUCGAAACGGCCAGCGUUCGGAGCGGGCGUCAGUUCGACCGCAAGCGGAGCAUCUGCGACACCUCUUUUCGCCCUUCCCAAGACCGACGAGGCCCCCAAGUCUGCAUUCUCCACAAAGUCGAACCCCUACGGGCCGCCAUCAAACGGUGUCGUUAGCUCGGGCAAACUGACGUCCUCCCUUUUCCAGGCCGGCCAGACGUUGAACGGGCUGGGCAAGGGAUCUGUGCUCUCAGGUCACAAAUUUGGCGAAGCCCCUGCGACGAAGUCUUCUAACAUUUUUGGCUAUCUUUCCGAGAGUUCGGCCAACAACAGUGGGGCUGAGAAUGGCAACGACGACGACGCUGACGGCGAGACCGACUCCGAGUCGGAGUCCCAACCCGAGACUGGCAGUCAAGAUGCACCUCCCAGUUACGAACCAAGCGCUGCGGCCAGCGCCGGCACCGCGACACCCCCCAUCGCCAGUGGCGCGGGCGGGUCGCUGUUCAACCUUGGCAAGCCAGCUGCAAGCACGCCAAACCCGUUUGCGAGUGCCUUUGCCAAACCCGCGGAGUCAUCCGCGGAGAAGCCAGCCGACGCCUCUGCGAAGGGUGGUCUAUUCGGACGUGUGUCGUUCGCACCCAAUGGGCAGGCAUCGGCCGAAGAAUCCUCGAGGGCGCAGUCUCCGGCGAAGGAAACAUCUCCUGUAGUGGAGGCCACAAAGACUCCCGCAAAAACACCCGGCGACUUUACAUUCAAUCCUACAACAACACCUAUCAGCUUCAGCUCUGGUAGCAACUCUAUCUUUGCCCCCAAGCCAGCCGCAGCGCCGAGCUCAGAAGACUCUACUGCGAAGGAGGUGCCCAAGGAUACCGAGAAGGCAGCCAGCACCACAUCGUCGAUUUUCGCAAAUGCGUCAGCCAAGCCUGCACCUGCAGAACAGCCUACCCAACCACUCUUCGGCGCAAAGCCUUCGGAAGCAUCCACCAACUCUUCGCAGCAGCCAUCGCAGUCACUCUUUGGUAAUGCCAAGAAAGAAGCCGAAACGGAGAAGACGGGAGCCGCACCCCCUACCAACUCUUUCUUUGGCGUCAAGGCACCGGAUCAAUCUGUAGGGACUCCCAAGCCUCUCUUUGGCAGUGUUGAGAAAGCCCCUGAAGCAGGAAAGGCAGAAGCACCUCCCACUGCCCCAGCGACUUCUAUCUUCGGAACACAGAGCUCCUCUUCUACCCCCUUCUCAUUUGGAGGUGGUGCUCCUGCAUCUGCACCCCUCUUUGGUGCCACUAGCAAACCCACUGAGCCCGAAAAACCGGCCGCCCAAGAAGCGCCCAAGAACCUCUUUGGAUCACAACCGUCCUUUGGAGCUCCCACGACAACCAACGGCGCCUCGGCGCCUGUCGACAAGGAACAGCCUCAUAGUUCAUUCAAUCCUUUCGGGGCUUCUAACACGGCCAAUGGUGCUUCAACACCCGCUCCGGCCGCUCCACUGUUCGGCGGAUUCAAGCCAGCCGCUGAGCCACCCAAGCCUGCAUCAAGCGUUUUUGGAAACACCAAUGCGCCCUCGUCGGGUAACCUUUUCGGAGCUCAUAAUGCUUCUUCCGGGACCAACCUCUUCGGUGCCGCUUCUCCCAAUCCCUUUGGCGGGCCCAAUUCAACAGCUUCGACGAAGAGAAGCGCCGAGGACGACCUUCAUCCUUCCAAGAAGACAAUGUUUGGCAAGUCCGAUACCGAUAACAAUGCGAUUGGUCAGUCUUCAUCAACACCGAUGACUUUCGGUGCAUCACAAUCAACAAUGGCGUCAGACAACCAGCCAGAGAAGAAAUCCAUGUUCGGCAACGUCGCGCGUGAGGGCACGCCGACGAAUAGCCCCGUUCCUGGCAGGAAGAUCUUGACGCCAAAGAGACUCCAGAAAUCGGGUGCAUCGCAGGCCAGCCAGUCCCCUGCACCAUCGGCUCAGUCCAGCUUCAAUGAUUCUGCCAUGUUCGGAUCCAAUACUGCUAAGCCUGAUGCCUCUACAUCUGGCAACAUGUUUGGCAACAACACAUCAUUCAGUUUUGGUGCGCAGAGCAACGCGUCUGGCAAUGGCAACCAGAACGGGGCAUCUUCCUUCACAUUUGGGCAGUCAAAUCCCCAGGCCAAUGGCCCACCUGCUGGGAGCAGUUCUUUCACCUUUGGAGGAGGAUCAGCCCCUGGUGGGGGUUCGUUCACGUUCGGAGCUGGCGACAGUGGCCCGUCAAACCCCUUCGCUAGCACGAGCGGCCCCCCAACACAGUCAUCUGGGGGCUCGGCCACUCCUACUCCCUCCGGCUCCUUUAAUUUUCAGUUUGGUGGCCAAGGAGCAUCGACACCUGCGCCAGCUGAGCAGAGCCAACCUAUGUUCGGCGGUGGCCAGACCAAUGGAGCUGCCGCAGCGCCUUCUUUUAGUUUCACCUCGGCUACUCCUCAACAGGGCAAUUCCAAUGCUUUUGCACCGAAGCCUGCCGCAGCCAGUCUAUUCAGCGGCCUUCAACCCGGCGGCGCCGCACCUGGAGCCAACUCGCCAUUCCCUGCAGCCUCAAGUAUUAAUACUACUCCGGUCAACGGGACACCUGAGCCCCAACAGGCACCCCAGGGCGAUGAUGAUACUGCGGAAGCUCCCCAAGAGCAGAUCUCGCUCACCGAGGGCGGCCCCGGAGAAGAGGACGAGAUUGUGCUACACGAAGUCAGAGCCAAGGCAACCAAGUACGUCCCCGUCGAAGCCGGCGCCGAGGAUAGCCCUGCUGGUAAAUCACCUUGGAAAAUACAAGGCGUCGGCCCUCUGCGGAUGCUCAAGAACAAAACUACUGGUCAUGUGCGAAUCUUGUUGCGUGCUGAGCCACGAGGUCAUAUUGCUAUGAACAAGAUGCUCAUCAGUGGUAUCGAGUACCAAGCCAUUGGCAAACAAGUCAAGUUCAUGGCAGCCAAAGAUGAUGGAAGCGGGCUUGAGACUUGGUUGUUACAAGUCAAGAAACCUGAGUCUGCCGUCGAGUUGGCCAGCAAAAUGGAAGAGAACAAGGCUGCAAACAAGUAA